CACCGGUACCGUAGGACGGGUUGGCAGCAUGUACGACGUUCGUUGAUGCGUUCAUUAAGCCGUAUGGUGGUGAGGGCUGCAGAUCGUACACCAAACCCGCGUGCUCGCUUUGUGCGCGAAUGAUCGCAAGAGCAGUGUCGUCUUGAAACGGUACGUUUUACAUUGUCAAAGUGCUUCUGCUUUCGUCGUGCGGUGCGCAGUGUGCUUUGAAUCGCGCGCGAGCUUCAUCGUACUGAAGUCAUACCGUUUCACCGCAAGGAGAGUACUUGGACAACCUUGCUUUAUGAUCGGGAAAAAAUACAAAGAGGACUGAUAGAACUUCCACCAGUAAGUGACUUUUCUUCGUGGGCCACAUUUAUUUUGAAUUCAAUUCGGCUUCUCAGUUUGUCUCAAACAUUCUCCAAACAGUUAAACACAGAGUUCUGUACGCUUGGAUGUUGCCAACCAGUCGUAUCGUUGUUGUGGAUCAUCGGAAGAGUUCCUCAACUUGAGGAAAUUCAAACAAGUCUGCACUCGGACUUUAACUAACAAAUAUGCCUCGUUAGUGACGUUCUCUGUCAGCUAGAAACAUCGAGGGCCUGAUUGCAAAUAGCAACGACUGCUGAAACGGCGAAAAAUAUCCGAUUCUACGCUCCUGUUGCAUUACUGACACAAACAUCGUAUUAGUUCUUCGGUUUGAGGUGACCGACAAGACAGCAAGACGCCUACGGCGUGUCAUCACGCGUCAUUGGUAACAAGAAAUGGACAGGUCCGGCAACAUUCACUCAUAAACCAUUGCGCUCCAUUUGCAAGUAGGCCGAUUUGAUUUCUACCCCAAUACUAGAUGGCUUCCAUGAUCAGCGAAGCUGAGGUCGAUGGGGAGUUUUACCUGUGUGACAUUAUGUCCUCAGGUUUCCCCUGCAAUGAGAACACCACCAUUCCUCUACCCACUUUCAAUGCUUUCAAGGCUUUCAAGGUAAGCGCACUGGCGGUCAUGAUCAUCUUUUCCACCAUAGGCAACGGCAUCGCAAUCGCUGUCACCUGCAAGAUCCGAGGCCGCCGAAAGUCCACCGUCACCACGCUGAUCUUGAAUCUGGCCCUGGUGGAUUUGGUGGUGACCUACUGCCAUAUGCUCUUCCACAUGAUCUGGUACGCCACCGACGCGUGGCACGGGGGAGAGGCCCUCUGUAAGAUUGCUAAAUUCUUCUCCAGCUUUGGGCUCUUCGCCUCGUCCUUUAUCACCGUGGACGUGGCGCUGGACCGAUGCCUGGCCGUGCUGCGCCCGUUGGGACAACGCCAGCGACCGUUCCUCAUCAAAGUCCUGAUACUGAGCUCCUACUUCGUGGCAGUCCUCUUCAGCAUUCCGCAGCUGAUAAUCUUUCGGCUGGAGCACUGGCCUUACGACCCGGACGUAGACUACUGGCAAUGCGUGUCGUCGUCAGCCUUCCCUCGGGUCUACAGCGCUAUCUACACCACGCUAGUCAUCAUGGCCCAGUUCACCUUUCCGCUGCUCAUCAUGUUUGUGGCCUAUGGUCUCAUCUUCCAUAAAGUGCGCCAGAAGAUUGUCAUGAAAGAAACCAGCGAGAACCUUUCCGAGAUGCGGCAAGCGCGAUCCAAGCUAUUCCUGCGAGCUCAGCGGCGCACCGUGCGCAUGGCCGUCGCCAUCUUUACCGUCUUCGCCAUCAACUGGUUCCCGUACGCCUUCUUCAGCAUGUGGUAUCUCUGGUUCUCUCCUGACAGUCUCCACCCUUACGUCUUCGAGGUGUCGUUCCUGUUCGCUCUCUCCAACUCCUGCUUCAACCCGAUCAUCUACGGGGCCUGCAACGUGCGCUACUGCAACAAGAUCUGCGCCUGCCUGGGGCUGCGCCCGUCCGUCAAGUCCAUGGAUACCAGUCACUCGGAUGGUCGGUCCAACAACAAGACCACCAUGUACUCCGUCCGCUGGCAGUCAUCUAAGAGCGCCAACAACACCACUAAGAUGGGAAACAGAAACAACAACAAGGACACUAAGUGGGGGAGGACGCAACCGACCCCGCCGGAAAAGCAGCAGAUGAUCACAACGACAACUUAAUAUACGAGUGUCAUGGGGCAAUCAACCACUUGGGCAUCUCGAAAUGUUCCAUUAUACAGACUUAAGUUAUUUUAAAUAAUUAUUUAGAUUGCUCAGAACCGGAACGGGUCGCCAUUACACUUUUCAGGCUCUUGAAACAGAAUCACAUUGAAGCGAGGUAUUUUCAAAAUAAAAUUAAAAGGGUAAAUUUAACCUUUGAUUGUUACUGUCCAUGUUAAUGAACAUCUUUAGUCACCGUUACAUUUCUCGUUCAUCACUUUUAACAGUGACCUAAUAGUUAGGGAGUAAUUUAUUCAUGUUCUUGAAUGUUACUGGCUUAAAUCCCGCUACGAAACUGCGCUGCUUGUAACCCAAGGGGACAAAGCUUUCACGCCUUGCUCCAAAACCUCUCUGAGGUAAGGAAAUGUGCGAGGAUGAUUUAAUUACAGUUUGCACACCCGCAAAAUAAGGAUUGUAUGAUGAUCGGGGAGGAAUUGACUUGUCUUCACAGAAACUGUCGAUCGAAGCUUAUGGUUAAUUAAUACCCACGACGCGCUUGGAUCAUCUGCUGUAAUAUAAGAAGAGAACAGAACCAGAUCCGUUGCGAUCUAAACUGUAUAUAGGAAAGGGCGGUGUGUAACACGGUUUUUUGUAAAUGAGCUGUGAAAAUCUAGUUAAAAUGUCUGGGAAAUUUCAAUAUUUCCAUUAGUAACUGAAAUGAAAUUGUAGUGAUAUUGCUUGGACACUAAGCCAACAUUAUUAUUUUGGGGAAAAAGUUUUUACUGAAAAUAAAAUAAGUUUAUCGAUCGGUUAAAUGUUAAUUUUAAAUAAUUUUAACUUGAGGUUAUUUUUGGGGAACUCGGACGAGAGGCUGUCUGGUAGGGUUUGUUUCACCUGUACCUCUUGUGUCCUUUAAAUUUUGGAUUCGUUUUGUUUAAUGGCAGAAAACUUUUGUUUCCCCCCCCCCUAAAAAAAAAUGGUGUUUGUUUUAAGUUUUAUAUUUUGCAGAAAUGUUAGGCUUACUGGAAAUUCAGUAUAAUCACUUUCAGUAUGUUUUUAUGUUGCUUAACAUUUUAUACCGUGAAUGUUGACUCCUCUGAUAAUUUCGCAGGAGUGAUCAUCAUGCAUGCUUAAGUUCCCUAACACGGCCAGCUAUAUCCCAAUUCCUUUGAUCAAAUGUACUGGUUGAGGUAACACAAAUCAAAUAUUCCCUUUGAAACAUUACCCGGAGGUAAACACUGAAGGCGGGAGUAAAUAUUUAAGCUGAAUGUCACAGAUGUGUCAAAAAUUGGUGCCAAACAAAGCUAUGGCUGUAUUAACCUCUCGUAUACGUUCCAACGUUGCGCCCGCCACAUCAUUAGAUAGAUGUACUUGAUGAAAACAACUGUCGCUGCUAAUGCACACUGUGUGGUUCGGUGUGAUUUCAUGCGGUCGUUCUUUGAAGUAGCAAUUAUGUUAUGAAAACGAAUAUUCCCCACCCACGGGCACCGCGAGGAUA